CAUUCCCCCACAUCGCAGGUUCCACCUUUAUUAGAUUUCUUAUUUUUAUCUUUUUCAUUUUUUAUGGCAUUACAUUUCUCUUCGUCACUCUCCCUCACUCGGAUGCUUGACAGAAAGGUAUCUCAUUGGUAGUGCUGCUCGUCUUGACAAGAGAACGUCAGCCAUUCCAUUUCUCUCCGGCGGUGCUCUCUGUCGGCGGUUUACUGUAGCAUUUGGGACCAUACAAUGGUUCAUGUAAAUGUGAAGAACAAGAAGAAUGCUUCAGUCCAGUUGAACUACAUAAUCCACAUUGAAGAGAUCAAGCCAUGGCCACCAUCUCAAUCUCUGAGGUCUCUCCGGUCUGUACUAAUUCAGUGGGAACAUGGUGACCGCCAUUCAGGCUCUACCAAAGCUGUAGUCCCAUCAAUUGGGACAGUAGUUGGCGAGGGGAAGAUUGAAUUCAACGAGUCCAUUAGAUUGCCAGUCACUUUGGCGAGGGACCUAAAAGCCAAGGAUGGUGAUGUGUUCAAGAAGAGUCGGAUAGAGUUCAACUUGUGUGAGCCUAGGAGGGAAAAUAAGGCCCAGUUGCUUGCUACUGCUGUAAUAGACCUGGCAGAUUAUGGCGUGGUAAGAAAUACAACUAGUGCUAGUGCUCCAAUGAAGAGCACUCGGAGCUUUACAAACAGUUCCCAGCCUGUUUUGUUCAUUAAGAUCCAGCCAGCUAGUAAAGGCCAUCCUGGAUCUAAAGUCCAGGAUGGAGGCUUAUCUAGAGGUGUAUCGCUUGGUACGAAUGGUGGCGAUUCGGUGUUGGGGUUGAUGAAUGAAGAGUUUGCCGAGGAAGCUGAGCUUUCUACUUUCACUGAUGAUGAUGUGUCAUCUCACUCUUCCAUGAGCAACAGCGGAGUUCCUGCUCAUGAAAAGAAUGAACCAAAUGGAGUGACAAAUAGUAAUGGAGGGCUCAUGCAAGAGCAUGCAAAUGCUUCAAAACUGAGGCUUGAAAACAAUAUUCAAUCACAAGAAAAUUUGAAGGGGAGUUCUUCACGUUCAUCAUCUUCUGUAGAUUUAUCUUCUGAUCCAGGAAGCCCAAUAAACGGUCAUGCUUCUGUGGUGAAGUCUCUUGAUUCCACUUCAGUCUUAAAUCCAAGGAAUGAACAGAGCCUUCAAUCCUCUUCGUCACACACUACGGAUGUAAUAGUAGAGGAGGCUGUUGAAAGUCGAAGCAGUGAUGACCAUGGAGGUUCAGCGUAUGUGGAUGGUGUAGAAAUUGAAAGUCGAAGCAGUGAAGACAUGAAUGAGAGAGAAUACCAGGGAAGUGAACAGAGCACUGAAACCACAGACAUUGGAAUGAGAGGAAGCUUUACGAAACCAGAUAGACUGAAGAACGUGAGAUCAGUGAGGUCUGCAUCAGAUUCAGGUAGGAGUAAUGGAGGUGUCAGCAGAAGUCAGCCCGCAACUGAACAAGUUGAUGUGCUGGGAGAUGAUCAGAACAGUGUUGGGAGCAUGAGAGUUAGUGAAAGAAAAAGUGCCAAGAUCUUUCCGAAGGACACCAGCACCACUGUGUUAGGUGGCAAAAUGCAGCAGUUGGAGCACAAGAUCAAGGUGCUCGAAGGAGAGCUGCACUUUACUCUGUUGUUGCUGAGCAUGGAAGCUCCAUCAAAGUGCGGUUUCAGGAAUGGUUCUAGUGGCAAAGUCAUGUGGCAACGAUGUCCCCAGGUAUGAUAGUUGAAGCUCUAUCAGAUGCUAUAUGUGUAGCAAGGCGUGCGAUAGUUCUUUGAUACCUUGGUUUUGGAUCCUUUAUUGCCCAAUGCAGAUUGACAUUUUGGUUGUCAAACUCGGUUGUACUGAGAGCAAUCAUAAGCCAAGCAAUGUAUGAGUCAGCGGAAAUGAAUUGUGCUGAAAAGCAAAACGAAGUGAUAUCAUCAUUGACUUCUAGCAGAAAGGGAAAGGGAAGUGCAAUAUCUGGUGAUAAUGAAGAUUGGGAGGACCCUCGCACUUUCAUAUCAGCGCUUGAGAGAGUUGAAGCUUGGAUCUUUUCCAGAACUGUAGAAUCCAUUUGGUGGCAGGUUGUUUCCUUCUCCUUCUUUGUUAACGUUGUUACUUCCUUUUUUUCAAUAUUACUUAAUGUUGACUUUUUCCAUGGCCCUGUGUGUUUCAGACUCUUACACCACACAUGCAAUCUGCAGCCACAAAAGGGAUUGACAAAGUCAGUUCAUCAGACUCCAACAAAAACCUUACUCGGUCCUCAAGUUCAUGUGAUCAAGCGCAGGGGAACUUUUCAUUGGAGCUUUGGAAGAAUGCAUUCCAGGAUGCCUGUGAAAGGCUUUGUCCAGUUCGAGCAGGAGGACAUGAAUGUGGUUGCUUGCCUGAGCUAGAAAGACAGGUGAUGGAGCAAUGUGUGUCUAGAUUGGAUGUGGCUAUGUUCAAUGCAAUACUCCGCGAAUCUGAUGACGAAAUCCCCACAGAUCCAGUGUCUGAUCCCAUAAGCGAUCCAAGGGUUCUCCCAAUCGCAGCUGGGAUAGCAAGCUUUGGAGCUGGUGCACAACUAAAAAAUGCGAUUGGAAACUGGUCGAGAUGGCUCACCGACCUAUUUGGCUUGGACGAUGAUGAUGUUGACCCUUGUGAGGACAACAACGAUGACCCAGAUGAGGAUGAUGACAGACAAGACACUUCCUUCAAAUCUUUCUAUCUGCUUAAUGCUCUUAGUGAUCUUAUGAUGCUUCCAAAGGACUUGCUCUUAAGUAGAACCAUAAGGAAAGAGGUGUGUCCUACAUUUGGGACACCAUUAAUCAAGAGGAUUCUAUAUAGUUUCGUCUCGGAUGAGUUCUGUCCUGAUCCUGUACCAAAUAUUGUCCUUGAAGCCUUAGAGUCCAAGGACAAUGCCCCGGCUGAAGAGGGUUGUGUUACCACUGUGCCAUGCAUUGCAGCUCCUCCAAUCUAUCUACCAUCUUCAUCAGCUUCUGUUGCUGCCACAAUUGGAGAGCUCGGAAAACAGUCCCAGCUCAGGAGAAGUGGUUCGUCCGUGCUGAGAAAAGCAUACACUAGUGACGAUGAGCUCGACGAGCUGAAAUCGCCUCUGGCUUCAAUCUUCCCCGACCUGAUGUCUUGUUCAUCAUCAUCCCCUGCAGCCUGGAAACUGAAGGAGGGGCAGAACCCGGUAAGGUACGACCUUCUGAGGGAGAUAUGGAAAAACAGUUAGUAGUCUGAUCUUGUAAACAACCACAUAGUAGUAUAUAGAACGGGGAAAUCAUAACUGUUGUACAAAUUUUUUGGUUCUUGUUCGCCUUCUUCUUCACGUGUGUUUAUACAAAUUGAGAACCCAUCUAUUCUAGCCAUGAAGAAAGACUCGAACUUUACAUUUACUGAAGUGCCAUGGGCUUAAGAGUUGCAUAUUGCUUCGUUCUGAGUUCUGCUUAGCUGCUGUUGUUUAACCACUGAACAGACUUCAAA